UCCUCUAACCCCUCCUCCUUCUAACCCCUCCAAGUCAUCUUCUCUAGUCCAAGAUAUCAUCCUAUCCAACUUCCUGUCAGAACAUCUACGGGGGUUAGUUCCGGCAUUAUUUUGAGGAAUAUUCAAGCUUAAUUCUCUUACUCUCUCAUUUCCUCCUUUUAUCUUCCGCUUUUUAAAAUGCCACGGAGCCCCUCAUUGAGGUAUACUUACGUAUACCUCUCGGACUGUUGGCCUUGCGGACGUUGGUGCUGUGGGGUUUACUUCCGGUAUUAAAUAUUUCGAGGAAUAUUCAAGCUUAACUCUCACUCUCUCACUCUUCCUCUUCCUUCCAUCUUCUGCUUUUUAAAAUGCCACAAUACCCCUCACUUAGGUAUAGCUCUUUUUAUUUUUUAUUAAUUACUACACGCAUAUCCUCCUUCAACUUGCCCUAAUCCUUAUUCCAAGCAACUUUUUUAAAAAAUUAUUGUCCCCCAAAUUUAUAAAGUAAUAAUGACUUGAACCUUUCUAUUGUUGUUUUCCUUUUUAAAUUUACAAUAAUUUUCAAGUCAAUCGCCCUCAUAUUACUCAAUUAUAUAAUUACUUUUCCUUGUUUGUAACCCAACCUUUUUUUCAAUUUUUAGUUCAUUCAUAAACCUACCUUUUCCACAAAAAAAUUUUUUUUAAUUUCCAAAAUCCGUGUUUUACCCUAAUUUUUUUAUUUUUUCAGUUAACUGGGGACAGGAAAAGAAUGGCUGUCCCGCCCAUUCUUGGGUCCUCAUACCUCAGGAAAUUGUCCAAAAAUAUAGGUGGAAAGUUGAAGAGACUUUCAAGACCUUUAAUUAGCGGUGGAAUUGGUGACAAGAUGGAUAAGGGAAAUUUGUGGAUUGUGCCUGGUUUUACUAUUCUAAUUUUUGCUUGUUUAUGGACUACUAAAUUAUCAAAAGUUGCCCUAGAGGAAUCAACAUGUAGAGGUGCCUCAAUUUAUGACUUCACAGGAACACAAUUAGAUCAGGACGCGCAGAGGCAUUGCCAGACUGCGCGGAGGUAUUAUGUUGCACCAGAAGAGCCUCUUUUGUAUGAUUAUAAAUGGAAGUUAGACAGACAAGUGAAGAAUCCGGAAGUAAGUGUAUUUUUUGUAUUUUCCGGAAAAUACAAGAAUAUUAAAUGUGUUUUAUUACGCGUUCUUUCCAGAAUAAUAUAUUUUUUCCGGAAUGUAAUAUUAUUAAAAAUACAUACGUCAUAUUGUUGUAUUUUUCCGGAAUAUAAUAGUAUUAAAAAUACAUCAUAUUAUUAUGUGUUUUCCGGAAAUGUUUAG